GGCCGGCGCCCGCCCCGCUUUGCAGCGUGCCGGGCAGCAGGAAGCGAGAACAGCGCGAGCGCGGUGAAGCGGAGGGCUCCUGGCGGCUAGUCCUUCUGCCAUGGAAGCUGAGGAAAAAAUGGAAUGCAUCCAGGAAUUUCCAGAACACUAUAAAGUUAUUUUGGAUAGACUGAAUGAACAACGUGAGCAGGACCAGUUCACAGACAUCACUCUAAUUGUGGAUGGCCACCAUUUCAAAGCUCAUAAGGCUGUUCUUGCUGCCUGUAGCCAGUUCUUCUACAGAUUCUUCCAAGAUUUCACUCAGGAGCCCUUGGUGGAGAUUGAAGGUGUAAGCAACAUGGCAUUUCGUCACCUAAUAGAAUUCACCUAUACAGCAAAACUAAUGGUCCAAGGUGAGGAAGAAGCAAAUGACGUUUGGAAAGCAGCUGAAUAUCUACAGAUGUUAGAAGCAAUCAAAGCUCUUGAAAUCAGAAACAAAGAAAAUUCAUCAGCCUUAGAAUCAAAUCAAACAGAAGGUAAAACUAAACCGAAAAAGAGGAAGAUAGCUGAAACAUCUAAUGUUAUCACAGAAUCGCUGCCAUCUGCAGAAUCAGAGCCUGUUGAAAUUGAAGUUGAGAUUGCUGAGGGAGCAAUUGAAGUGGAAGAAGACAGCAUUGAGACACUUGAGGAAGUAGCUUCUGCAGAGCAGUCUAUAAAGUACAUACAGACAACGGGUACAUCCGAUGAAUCUGCUUUGGCUCUUCUGGCAGAUAUCACUAGCAAGUAUCGUCAGGGAGAGCGAAAAUGCCAGAUCCAAGAAAAAGUUGACAAUGCAGCUGAUCCUUCAUGCAAACAGGUAGAAGGUAUUGAAAUUGUGGAACUUCAACUGUCACACAUGAACAAUUUAUUCCACUGUGAGAAAUGUAACCGUUCAUUUAAAUUGUUUUACCAUUUUAAGGAACACAUGAAAACACACUCUACUGAGAGUUACAAGUGUGACAUAUGCAAUAAAAGGUACCUACGAGAGAAUGCUCUGAAACAGCACCUCACCUGUUACCACCUUGAAGAAGGUGGUGCCCCCAAGAAGCAAAGACCUGGCAAAAAAAUACAUAUAUGCCAGUACUGUGAUAAACAGUUUGACCACUUUGGGCAUUUUAAAGAGCACCUCCGGAAACACACAGGUGAAAAACCAUUUGAAUGUCCAAACUGCCAUGAACGUUUUGCUAGGAAUAGUACACUCAAAUGUCACUUGACGGCCUGUCAGUCUGGAGCUGGAGCUAAAAAGGGAAGGAAGAAGCUAUAUGAGUGUCAGGUUUGUAACAGCGUGUUUAACAGCUGGGAUCAGUUUAAAGAUCACUUGGUAAUCCACACUGGCGACAAACCCAACCACUGCACCUUAUGUGAUUUGUGGUUUAUGCAAGGCAGUGAGCUGAGAAGGCAUCUAAAAGACACGCAUAAUAUUUCAGAACGACUAGUGACAGAAGAGGUUCUUCCAGUGGAAGCUAUGGAAGGUGAACCAGUAACAUCAAUGACUAUAAUAGAACAAGUGGAGCAAGUUCAUGUCCUGCCAGUAAUUCAGGUACAAGUGGAUCCUGCUCAGGUAACUGUGGAACAGAUGCACCAGGAUCUCAUACAGGACAAUCAAGUGAAAGGCACACAGGUGGAUGAACUGCAAGAACAGGUGCAAAUUAGUUACCUGGAAGUGGAGCACAUUCAAACUGAACAAGGUGCUGAAGUUCACGUGGAGCAGUUGCAUGUUGAGCAUGUUAAUCAAAUACAGAUGGAAGAAGUACAGGCAGAACUCACAGAUGGCACUGACUUUGAACAAGUAGAAUAUGAGAGAGUUGACCAAGGAGAUCCAGGAGAAAAGAAACCUAUUUGUAUAGGUGAUGCAGGUAAGGAAGUUCAUGAACAGGCUGAAGACUUAAAAACUCAACAGUUAGUGGAUAUAAAGAAUGAAGAGGUGGACAACUAGGACAAUUAACCACACUGUGCAGGUUUAGGAUUAAAAUACCAAAUUUUUUUUUGUUGUUAACUUUUACGUUGAUUUUUGAACUGUCAGUGGUCGUCUUUCAAAUAUGCUGUCCUUUGGAAGCUGGACAAGUGGACCAAAGUUAGCUUUCUUCACAUACAAAAGAAUUUCUGUCAUACAUUAAAAAUAAAUGUCAUUCACGUGAUAGAACAGAAACUACCACAGAAAUGGGCAGCUUUGCAAGAAUUUUAAUAAUGAAUAGCUUGUAUUACUGUUAUACCAUUGCUGGUUAUAUGUAAGAAUAACUUCUUUUCUUCUUGGCGUAGAAACAAACUGUUGUUAUAGAUUUGCAGGGUGUCUGUGACAGAAUAAUUAGUAAAAUCUGGUGGCUUCUCAUAUAAACAAUCCAUUGGGUAUCCGUGAAUUUUCUGGGCAGACUGCUUGCCAUCCACCUGCAGUGCUGUAUCUAGCAGCAGUCCCUGCGUUUCUUUAUAUCAAGCUGGAACUUCUGGACUUUCAUUCUGGGCAAAAACCAUUUUUGCUGGAGAUCUCGGAGCACAAAAAUUCUGUGCCUUUUCAACACUGACUGGUGGAAUUCCUACAAAGCUCCUGAAGUGUUCAGGAACCUAGUUCAGUAAAAGGCAAUGUAGGUAAUGUUAUAGUGCUUUAUAUUUUUGCUUGAAAUUGUCAUCUACUGAUUUUUUUGCAUUAAACUUACUAUGAGGAGUGUUGGGGGAAGAACCAAAUAACAUGGGGAUAAUAGAACACUCUAAAAGGGACACAUUAAAACAGGAAGAGCUCUUUACAGACUGUGUUAAACAUGAGCUGGAGGAAAUCUACCGGUAGACUUUUAUAAAUACUCAUUUUUGAAAGUGAAUAUGUUUAAACAAAUACAGAGAAGACUUGUCUAUAUGGUAUCGGAUUCUUGGUUGCUUGUUUUUUUCGAAAUGAAGUUCUGACACUUGACACAAAGACAUUGUGCUAAAAAUAAAAAGCCAUAGGUAUGAGUGCUAAACUGGGGAUCGAAAAGAAGAAGUAUAAGCAUUUUACUUAAUAUUACACAAUAAAACAAUACCAACCAUGAAA